GGUCCCACACUAACAAGUCAAUCGCAUCGGUGUGGCAACACCCAAAAAAUGAUUGGUUGAGAAAGCAGCAAGGAGACCGACCAAGGCCUAGAAAAAAACUCGUAAAAUACUACGAAAACUUACAACUGCAGGGCGAAAAGAGGCGGAAAGCUGUUGCACACGUUUAACAACAAUAAAAAAUCACCUUUGCCUUACUCCCACAAACAAAACACACUAAUCAGGCACGCGAGAGGAAUUUCUAGCAAGCAGCAGCAGAAAACGGGGGAAGAAAAAAAAAACACUGACGCUGAGCCGAUCGAACAUCUACGACCGUCGCUGCCGCCGCCAAAGGAAGCACUGCCCGCCCACGCCAAUAGAAGUAGAAAUAACAACAACAACAACAACGGCUUUGUAGUAACCUUCAAACCUCAGUGCAGUGUGUAGUAAACAAAAAGCAUAGAGAAUCCUAACAAAACAAAACUUUGCAAAUAUGGAUGUGUUCCUAAUGAUCCGAAGGCAAAAGACAACCAUCUUCACAGAUGCGAAGGAAAACACAACAGUUGCCGAACUGAAACGUAUGAUUGAAGGUAUACUAAAAGUACAGCCCAUCGAUCAGCGGUUAUACAAUCAGGACAAUGACAUCAUGGAGGAUGAGAGCACGCUGCAGGAUUAUGGCGUUACAGUGUCAACGGCAAAAGCUCAGGCUCCAGCGCAACUGGGCUUGACCUUCAGAAACGACAUGGGUGACUUUGAGACACUGGAUAUGUCACCGUACUCAGCACCACCAGAUUUACCUGAAGUUAUGAAAAACCAAGAGGCCUCCAAUGGACAGGAACAAGUUGCAUAGAGAACAAUAUAAAAUAAUAAUGAUAAACAAAUGCGGCAACAGAGAGAGAGAGAGAGAUGUUCGUCAUCAGUUUAGUCACUCAGAGUCAGUCGUCAGUUAGUCAGUCAGUCAGUAAAACAAACUUUUUAAAAAAUUAAAACUUAAAGGAUAAACAAUAUUGAGCAA